UGUCACUACAAGCAGAGAAACACAAUGUCACUCCCACACAGAGGAAGUUGUGUAUUAUGCUGCAUUUGUCCCGCCUCCUGAGUUCCUUGGGGGAUGGGUCAGAUUGUUUUCCUGCAACAGAUCCAGACUUGCUUCACUUCUGCAGAGUCACAGGACCUGUAAACCAACAGAGAUGGCAGCGCUGAUGGAAGACGAGGUAUUUAUGGCUUUCACCACCUAUGCUGCUUUAGUCAUUCUGAAGAUGCUGCUGAUGGCGCCCUUGACUUCUUUUUAUCGCUUUACGAGAGGGGCUUUCGCAAAUGAGGAAGAUGUGGGCAGAAAGUCUGAAGAGGAGAAGAAGAAGCUGCUGAGAACCCAUCCAGAUGUAGAGCGAGUUCGAAGGUGUCACCAGAAUGACCUAGAGAACAUUAUUCCCUUUGUGGUGAUUGGCCUACUCUACAGUCUGACUAGACCUGAGCUUUCAUCUGCUCUGCUUCACUUCCGCGUCUUUGCCUGCUCUCGGUUCUUCCACACCAUCGCUUAUGUUUGCGGUCUGCCUCAGCCCAGUAGGGGUUUGUCCUGGAUACUGGGCAUGCUGGUCACCUUCUCCAUGGCUUACAGGCUGCUCAGCACAGUCCUCUUCCUUUAGAGAUGAUACAGAACCAGUAGACCAUGACCUCUUCUCCAUAAGCUCAUGUUUCAACAUGAAACCUGAAUCUGUUUUAUACUUCACCCUUUCUGCAGCUAUGUGCUUGAUUCAUAAAUGUUCUUUGCAUUCCCUUUGAAAAUGUAUUUUAAUAAACUUUUCAAUCAAC